CAACCAUAAAUGGAUAACUUGGCUCAUGAGGCUGAACGCUUUACAGCCUUAAAUAGUUUCAGCCUCAGUCUACCACAACUCUUUUGUCUGCUUCUCUGUCGACUUCACAAAGAUCACAAUGUCUACAAAGGCAAAGAAGACUUUUACUGAUAAUUCAGUACAGAUCAUUUUAAUUGGUGCUACUGGCUCUGGUAAGAGCUCUUCUGGAAACACAAUAUUGGGCAAAAAACUGUUCAAAUCAGAAGCAUCUGCAAAGUCUGUGACACAGCAAUGUGAAACUGCUACAGAGAUAAUCAAUAGCUGGAAGGUUACAGUAGUAGAUACUCCAGGCUGGGACUGCACUGAACUCACUGAAUGUGAGGUCGUGUCCCAAAUAAAACAGGCUCUACAAUGUCUUGAUGGACCUUUCUCCUUUCUCCUGGUCAUACGUGUUGGCUCAAUGGAAUCUGAAGAAGAAAUAAGUAAAAUCUCUGGAGUUCAAAAGGUGCUUGGCCGCACCUUUCUGGAUCACACCACAAUCCUGUUUUCACGCAGUGAUGACCUUGAGGGGAAAGAUUUUAAGGAGUUUAUUAAGGAAGGAGGUAAAGAGUUUCAUGAUCUGUUAAAGCAAUGUGGUGACAGAUACCACUGCUGGAACAAUCGAGAUAACCGAUCUGAUGAGGCAGUGGAAGAACUGCUAAAGGAUUUAAAAAAGACAGAGAUGAUAAACCCAAAUUCCCAAGUAGAAAACCCUUCUGCUUUUUCCUCUUCUGGUGACCAGCAAGAAAAUGCAGUGACUAAUAGAAAGAGAUCUGGAGAUACAGCAGGCUUCGAAACGGAUAUGUCUGAAAAUCAAAUCAGAGUUUUAUUCCUUGGAAGGAACAGAGUGGGAAAGACCUCAAGCAUCAAUACCCUUCUUGAAAAAUGUUUACAACAUGAAGGAGGUUCAAUUUAUACAUGCCCAAUCUCUGGAUUGAGUCUGAAGCUGAUAGAAUCUCCUGGCUUUGAUGAUAAUCUGGAACAAAUUCAGGAGGCCAUCUCCAAAUCUGUGUCCGAUUGCUCUCCUGGACCUCAUGUCAUUAUUAUAGUGCUCAGCGUGGAGCAUUUCACUACAGCAGCAAACACAACCAUGAAACAUGUACAAGAUUGUCUUGGACAAAAUGCCAGUAAACACUCAGUGAUUCUGUUGACUGGAGUGGAUAAUUUGGAAGGAAAACCCAUUGAAACCUUCAUUCAAGAGAAUCAACAUCUCAAUGAAUUAGUGAAAAUACAUGAGAACAGAUUUCAUGCACUCAAUAACAGAGACACCAGCAAUAAGACCCAAGUGGAUGAACUGCUGAAGACGAUUAAUUUAAUGUAUGAAGAAAAUAAUAAAGAAUUUUACACAGAUUCUGAUGACCAAAAAAGUACUUAUUUUUAA